GUACGUAGUAAGAGUUAGGAAGGACGGAUGGAAUAGACCGGUCAAGGUGUAAUGCUGAAUAAGGGGAUAUGCUUGUUUUUCUCUUGUCAGGGAGCUUGAAGAGAAAGGUCUGGCAAGAUGUCGCAGGGCGGCGGCGCAUCGGGAGCCCCCAAGAAGGGCCUGACGCUCGAUGACCUCAUAGCGGCUAUUGACAGGCAUGAAAGAAAUCCGAGCAAUAUCCCCAAGGUCGAUACCUUCCAUUUUUGUGGGGAAAAAGUCUUGGAAUGGCUGGAACGAGUGGAACAAGCUUUGGUCGGGCGGUCGGACGUGGAAAAAUUUCAACGCAUUCUUCAGUAUGUCCUCCACAGCUACCACCAGGAAGUGAAGAAAGUCAUAGAUGCGGCCCAAGGUAGCUCGGAGAGGUUCAAGGAGGGGAUGCAGAGGAAAUACCGCCUGGAAGACGGGCUAUUGACUACUGCGGACCUUGAGGCGAUGAACAAAGAGGAUUUUACGACGAUAGGGGCCUUUGUUCAAGAAUUUAAGAAGAGGGCGCGAAAGGUCCAUGGGAUUUCGGAGGAAGCACAGUGCGCCAUCUUCCUGGGGCUACUCACGGCAUCGGAGGCCGUCGAGUUGACGAGACAUGGAGGAGGUAACACCAAGCUCACCUGGGCCACCAUUGACAGAGGGGUGGAAGUUGGGUGUUUGGACCAGGUGGAGCAACGUCAGGUACGCCUACAAAGGCAGAAGAGAAAGGAAAGAGAUGCGACCGCUUCUGGGACCGCUUCUGGGACCCCGGGGGUAACAAGGAUUGUUACAGACGUAUUGGCACAGCUGGGGUAUGCGACAGAGCCGGUGGAGCAAAGGAGGGUAGAGACGGCUGUCAAAAUGAAAGGAAAGGAGCCGGUGAUAGAAGAGGCCGUUGAGGAAGAACUCUGGGAAGAGGAAGAGCCGGUGCCACAACACCUGACAAAGGCCCAACGCAAAGUGCGUAACUUGGCGCAGGGCGGACAGGGAUCAGGAAAAGCGCAGGCGCCUCAGGCCCAGGCAGCAGCCCCUUUAAAUGUGGCGGCUUCAUCAUCUAGUAUGGGCCCCUCGCAAGGUGGGGCGCCCUCCUACGGACAGUGGCCCUGGCCGGUGAUCAAUGCAAUUGUGCCAUGGGGAAGCCCGCCGCCAGUAGCCGGACCGCAAACAAGGAACGAGGAGGAAUUGAUUAUAGGCGAGCCCGACUUCCUGCUGCCUCAGGAGCGAACGUUGAUGGUGGAACUAAUGAAGAGGAGGCAUCGCGCCUAUGCGUUUAAUGACGGGGAGCGUGGCAGGCUGGAUGUGGACAAAAUACCUAUGAUCCGCAUCCAUACCGUGCCACACGAGCCUUGGAACAUGCGAGGGGCGCGAUAUCCUAAUCCUGACGAGGAAAAGAAGGUGGUGGAUUACCUCGAUGGCAAAAUACGUACACAAGUCGCCGACUAUUCGAGUGGACCGUAUGUGUCCUCGUGGUUCUGCUUUAUCACGCCUAACGGGACGCUGCGGUGGGUGCAAGAUUUGCAAAGACUGAAUGCGGUGACCGUGCGGGAUGCUAGAGGAUUGCCCAAUGCACACGCGCUGUCAGAAUCCUGUGCUGGAAGGCCUAUAAUCUCACCUAUAGACCUGUACUCAGGAUAUGAUCAGUUCCCAGUCUACCCGUCGGACAGGCAUGUGACGGCUAUGCACACGCCACGAGGGCUAAUCCACAUGAACGUGGCCUCGCAAGGGUGGACCAAUGCGGUAGCAAUGGUCCAACGGGCCAUGAUUCGAGCUAUGCAGUCAGUCAGCUCCCAUAUCAGACAACCAUACAUCGAUGAUUUGGCAGUGAAGGGGCCGGCAGUGAAGGAAAGCGACGAAGUCUCGCCGGGGGUGAGGCGCUUUGUCUGGAAGCAUAUCCAGGACCUCGAAAAAGUCCUGAGCCUGCUCGAGGAACAUAACCUCACGGCAAGCGGGGCCAAAUCCAGACACUGCAUGAGGGAAGCGACUAUUUUGGGGUUCGUCUGCAGCAAGAAGGGCCGAAGGCCGAAUGUGAAGAAGACGGACAAGAUUACUGAGUGGCCGGUUCCGUUCCACUCAAUAACUGAUGUCAGGAGCUUGCUUGGUACGUGUGGAUUUUGGAGGGCCUUCGUCAAGAACUUUACCGCUAAGACUGAACAUCUGAGGAAGUUAGUUCGCAAGGACCAGGAAUGGGUAUGGGGUAAGGAACAAGAAGAGGUGGUGGCUAGGAUGAAGGAGGAAUUUCGAGGAGGGUUGGUGCUAGGAGCACCAGAUUAUUAUGCUACGGAAACACGACCCUUCAUUGUUGAAACAGAUGCGGGGCCGACUGCCUUAGGGGGAGUUCUAAUUCAGGCGGACAUGGAGGGAAAGGAAAGACCCCUGCGAUUUGAGAGCCGGACCCUCUGUACGACCGAGAGGAAUUACUCUCAGUUCAAUAGGGAGACCCUUGCCGUCCUCCACUGUCUGCGGAUCUUCCGGAACUACAUCUUCGGCAGGAGGUUUAUUUUGAGAGURGAUCCGACCGCCCUGGCCUACUCUCUAAGAAAUUACGUUCCAUCAGAUCCAACGGUUGCCAGGUGGCUGACGUACAUCUGGAUGUUUAACUUCGAAUUGGAGCGGAUUCCAGGCAGUAAGAACCGGGCGGACGGGCUGAGUCGGAUCAACUGGGAUAAACAGGAAGGGGAGGCGGUGGAGAAUACGCCCCCAGUUGAUGGAUUUCUGGACCAGGAAGAAGAUGUCCCUCUUCAUAUCAACAAGUGGUCGUCGCGAGUACCCAGCUGUGUAGGCUAUACUAUCUGGCAAGCGCCGAAUGGGUAUGAAAGGAGGGCCGAGUUAGUCCUCAAACUCUUUGAAGAAGAGGAUCCCGGGGGUGGUAGAGAUAUUCAAUGGAUGAUGGAGUUAGCGCUGACCAGCUCGCAUAGCCUGGUGGAGGACAUGAGGACGAUUGAGGAAGGACCUGGCCAGGUAGAACGGCAUGAGGACCUGAUGGGGGGAAUGUAUCUCCUCGUCAACACGUUAUUGCAGGAAAGCCUCGACCAAUCAGGCCCGUUGAACCCGGAAGGGAAUAUGGACGAAAUGCCCGAGAGUCAAGACGACGAGUUCGAGGAGGGGGAGAUUAAGGAGGCUUUUCGUGCAGAGAAGUAUGACGGGAUCUACCUAGAGCUGGAGCUUCUUCUAUCAUGUGAAAUGCGGCUUAGGGAUGCAAGCGAUAGAGCUCAGAGGAUGCUGCAGCGCUACUUAGUGAGAGACGACCACCUUUUCGUGAGAAGAGAAGUGGGGAAUCCCAGGAGAGUCGUCUGCGGUAGGAAUCGUCAGAUCGACGUCGUAGCAGCGCUUCACGAUGGCAUUGCAGGAGGGCAUCGAGGGGUGCAAGCCACGUCUGACUUUACGAAGACAACCAUGCCAAGAGGAGGGAGGGGGACACGGCCGCCUCGGAGGCCGUUGGGAGCAUCAAGAGGAUAUGAGCGACAUGGGCCUCGUCAUCGAGAGAGUACUCCGGUAUACGAUGAUGGGGACAUCGAGCUAUUCCUGGACAGCUUUUGGGAUUAUGCGAGGCGUAUGGGUUGGACCGUGGCCCAGGCAAUCGAGAGACUGAGGGGAGCCGACAGAUUCGAGGAGCCCGUCGCACGGAUCCGUAGAGAGGCGACGACGAGAUCAGAGGUGGAGUGGAGGAUGCAGGAGUUGCGACCCUCGCCUGUGGGACCUGAUGGCAGGCCGAUCCACCUGGAGAUUGGAAAUGCGUCGGACUUCAUCCCCGCGUUUGAGUGGUUCAUGCAGGGGCAGGGUAUACCAAGAAAUGAUUGGAUGCAGACGCUACCACUCGGGACAAGGAAGGCGGAAAGGCCACUGGCUAGCCAAAUCAAAAGCAUGGCCCGGGACUGGGAGAGUUGCAGGGCACAUCUGAGAGAGGCCUUUCGACGGCCAGAGCCCCCUCAGCCCAGAGUUGAGAGGCGUCAGAGGAGUCAGAGGCAGAGGGACCCUGAGCCCAGGGAGGCGAGACCGUCUCGAGGAGGACGAAAAGCCCUAGCCAGGAGAGAAGAGGAACCGGAGCUGGAGCCAGAGGCUGAGGAGCGAGGGGCGUACCCUGAGUGUGGGUUGGGACCMGUGGAGUUCCAUCGGUUUACCGAGGGUGGAUUGAGGAGAUCGCCAGCGCGCACGCAGGAGGAACCGCCAGCAUCUGAGGGGCCCUUGAGGGAGUUGGAAACACAUUUGGAUAUCUCUCGGUGGGGGGCGUCGCCUUAGGGUGAGGAGCAUGGAGAGCAGGCAGAGGAGGUGCCACGAGAGGAGGUGCCACAAGAGGAGGUGCCACGAGAG